CUGCCUUUGGGAUACCAGGGCGAUGACAGGGAAGGGGGCUUAUGCUUCUCCCAGGCUGCUCCUGCGGUGCCCCCGCUCUGCCAGCACUCUUGCACCCCGGAUUCAGUCUGGGGAGGGACUACCCCGCACCCCGGCUGCAGAAUGGAGGGACAGAUGCGGGAUGUGCUGCCCUGUGCCGGCAGAUGGUGCUGGAACUCUACCACAGCCCAGCUGCAGCCAGAUGUGCUUGGCUGGGGGGCCAAGCCAGGGCUGGGCACCCCAAGGGAAUGAGGUCUGGGGAUGGGGCCCGCAGGGCGCUGGGUGGGCAUCAGCCCCUGCAUGCUGACACCGUAGAGCUGGCAGUGAGACAGGGUCGGACCCUGCUGCCCUUGCCACAAGCGGGGUGAUGGCAGCCAGGAAGAGUUUGGAAAGAAGCGUGGGGGCUAUGUGAGCAUGAAAAUGCUGCCUCUGGAGGAACCAGAAAAGGUGCUCUGCCCUGACUGCAGUGUGGCAUGGGCAGGAUGGGGUGUCGGGGAGCAGGCGGUGGGGCUGCAGCUGGAAAUGGGAAGUCAGAUCCACGUGGGAGAGAGCAUGGCGGUGUUUGGUUGGCUGGAAGCCUACCUCAGGUGCUGACCCGGCAGGAUGGGUGCCCAUUGCCUCAGCCUUGAACCAUGUAUGCCUGAGCUUUGCCAUGGCACCAGCCUCUCUGGGUGUGGUGCCACAGGACAGCAUGUUGUGUGCUCGCUGCUGCCAGCAGCAAGUGGCCAGCUGGCCCUGCCUGGGGCCACCUUGCCCACUGACCUGUGCUGCCAGCGAGGGCACCAAGUGUGUGCUCCCAGCUGGCCUGGCCUCACCGGAGCUGAGCUUAUCAUUGUGGAAACACAGCAAACUCACAUCACGCCACUGCGGGCACAGGUGACCACUUUAUCCCAAGGCUGCCAUCCCUGCGUGGUGUGGAGGCAGCCCUUGUGUCCCUGUGAGUCCCCAUUUAUUUCUGUGGGUCACCUUGUGUCCCUGUGACAGAAGGAUGUGGGCAAGAUCUGCUGUUGGCUGGUUGUGAGAAUCACCCUGGGAUGGGAGUGACCUGUGCAGGAGAGAAGCGUGCUUCUGGCAGCUGGCACCUGUGCCAGCAGUGGGAUAAGCUGUGCUGGGAGGACCCAGCACCAACGCAAUGGGGCCCUACGGGCAUGGGCAGCACGAUGGUCACAGCCACCAGCCUGGGCGGCACACUGACCAGUGCGGGUACUGCCCUGGUGGUGGCACAGGCAGCACGCUGGGGGUGGUGUGGAGGGUGUGCUGGUGACAGCAUGGGCAGUGCACCGGUGAUGGCUGGGCAGUGGGCCAGGGCUGUGCGCUGGUGACGGUGCUGGUGGUGGCACUGGCAGCCGCGUACUGUGUGGGAAAUGUGUCAGUCACACUGUGAGAGUGACAGUGUGGGCAGUCACAAGUGCAGGUAAGGACCACAGUGCAGGGAUCAGAGAUGCAGAUGCGGAAAAAUGUAACCCAGAAAAUUUUGGGAAAACAUGCAAGAAGGAAAACAAGAUAUGAUGUUUCAAAGUAUGUUAGGAAUAAGAAUAUUAGGAACGAUGGCCUCGUCUGGUACUGGACUGGGAUGUACGUUCACAUGUUUGCACAUGUGAGUGCUAUGUUCAUCACUGGUUUUCCUCUCUGGAAAAAAACAGGAUGAGGCACUUGUAUCAUGUGGUACAAGAAGUGCUUCCCAGCCUGUUUGUCGUGGGAAAAUGGAAAUUAUCAUCUACUAAGGAGGAUAAAUAAAAAUAAAUGAAUAUAUCAGAUGGCUUUCAUACAGGAGUGCCAGAAGAGCUGCCUAGGGAGGUGUCUGCCCCGUCCUGAUAAUUUCCAGUGAGUCUUGGAUUGUUGGGGAGAUUCUGGAAGGAAUUUGUGGUUUUUGAGGCCAGAAAGGGACAUAUGACGGUUCAGCCUGACCUGAAGCAGGCUGGCCCUGAUCCCUCUCAGACCUGCUUCCCUUCAGCUCCAACAGCACCGGUAGAGCUGAAGACCUUUCUUCCCUCAUCAUGCCCGAAUGUGUGUCCCUGUGAGCCAUGCCUGGACCUUGCUGUGUCCCUGACUGCCGCUUGAGGCUUUUCUCUCCUCUGGAGCACUGGCAGGCUGGUGCUUUGCCUUGGGGAGAUGAGCAGACUGGGCUCCAAGACUGUUUAUUGGAGGCUUUCCACCUGUGUCUGUGUGUGGCUCCUCGACAGACUCUAGUUUAUCAGCAUCCUUCCCACACCAUGGCCACCACUCUGACAGCAUCUGCAGCCAGCGCAGAGGUCACCAAAUGUCUGCAGCCCUGCCUGACUCCGCAGUGAUUCAUCUGAGGCUCCCUCCUAUACUGAGUUACCAGUGGCAUUGCAGAGCACACUCAUAUUCAACUAAUUGUUCAUCACUAAGUUGUUGCUUCAGGCAUCGUAUUCUGUAUUCUUUUACCUAGACACGACUUUAUGCUUGGCUGUAUUAAGAAGUAUGCCGCUUGCUGAAGCCCGAUUUAACAGCCAUUUCAGAUCACUCUGAGUGCUGUAUUUACUCCUUUAUUCUCCACUUCCUCGGCCUUUGCCACCUGCACACCACACAGGCACAGCAUCCUGCCAUGGGGUCACGCUUGCCCAGCUCUGCUUCAGCACUCCAUGUUUUUCAGCACUCAGGGGCUCUCCACCUGUAGGGCUUGCCAAAAAGCCUUGCAGUCCCAAGUAGUUCCUCCGGCAGGGCUUUUAGUGUCUGUGGGUCAAUGUUAGCAUCACCCUGUUAGGUAACGGCGUGCUCGGGUUUGGGGGUGCAAGAGUUGGGCAGGUGGUGCAGGGUACGUCUGGCUGUACUGUGAGGGAAGGGAGAGCAGGGCAGGCAAGGGACAGCCCAGGGCUUGCGAGGCUGCAGCCUCCAUACCCAGAGCCAGGCUGGGGCCGCAGCGCUGUGUCCCGUGCUGGUGUCUCCUUGCAGAGGAGAUGGAAAAAUGCAAGAGUGCGGAAGAGCCCCAGUGAGACGUGGUAGCUGCAAAAACUGUUGUAGAGCAAUGGCUUUGGAGGUGUUGACUUUUUGAGUGAUCAAGGCAUGAUCCGGGAAUGGUGCAGCGGCUGUAUAGGGACCGUUGGUGGGGUCAGGCCAGCCUGAAGGCAGGACAUGGGCUUUACAAGGGGACGAUGCAAGGGGGUCUGCAGCGGUGAGGGCUCCCUGGGUGUGCCAGAGAGGUAUCCCAGUCUGCGUACCCCAGGCUAGGGUGUGCCUGGCAGGCGAAUCCUACUCCUGGACACUCAGCUUGAAGGAGCGGUGAGGUGCCAGCUCUCCAGGGUGUCUCCAUUGGUCCUGCUCCACAGAGACCCCUCUCGUGCAGAGGGCCAUCUAUCUCAUACACACCUGCUUCAUCUGGAGUCACUCAUCACAACAGGCAAACUUACAGCUUGUGUGUUUGGGCUACAAGCAAGUUUGGUUCUUGAUUACACAAUUAGAAGCACUGCUGAAGAGAAAGGGAAAAGAAACCCACCCCAGCCAUGCUUCCACCGGUCUCACUGCAAGCCCUGAAAGCAUCGUUGCAAAGCUGCUCCUCCAUCUCCUUGGCUGUUUUGUUCUCAGUUUCCCCCAGGGAUCCUCCUUCCUCCCCUGGAGCCUGCUGGCCACUCGACCCUCCUUUCCUUGCUCAGGACAUUGAGCUUUUCAUCACCACAGGACUUUGUCAGGUGGUUAAAGCAGGCUGUUUGGGCUAAGCUGGUCCCUCCCACCUGCUUUUUCUGCAGCAAGGGUACUAACCCAUCUCCCAGGAGGCAACGUCCUGCUGGUCUCUGAGUCUAUCUCAUCCAGAUGCACUGUCUUUCUGGAGGUCCCUACACACCACAAAUGGUUGGGCUCAGCACUGGGAGCACUGGGCUGAAACGCUGGGGGCUGAACUGCUACAUGUACGCGCCCAAGGAUGAGCUGAAGCACCGGCUGCUCUGGCGAGAGCCCUACACAGAGCAUGAGGCAGCCUGCAUGCAGUCUCUCAUCGAAGCUGCCCAAGAGCAGGGUGUGGAGUUUGUUUUUGCCAUUUCUGCGGGCCAGGACAUGGUGUUUUCAAGUGCCGGGGAUCGGCUCCUGCUGCAGCAAAAACUCAGGCAGGAGUCCUAGCAGCCAGUGUCCGUGCCUGCAGGUGGCCGCCCUGGGGUGCCACUCCUUUGCGCUGCUCUUUGAUGACAUCGACCCCUGCAUGUGCCAAGCUGACAGAGACGUCUUCCCUUCCCUGGCACAGGCUCAGGCCUCUGUGGCCAAUGAGGUGUACCAGGAGCUGGGCCAGCCCUCCAUCUUCCUCUUCUGUCCUACAGAGUACUGCAGCUCUCUGUGCUCUCCCAGCCCCAGCCAGUCCUGCUACUUGCUGACCAUCGGCCAGGAGCUGCUCCCAGGGAUUGGCGUCAUCUGGACAGGCCCAAAGGUGGUGUCACAGGAACUCUCGGGCUCGCUGCUGAAGGAGGUGGAGGGUGUUCUGCAUCGCCGACCUGUCAUCUGGGACAACUUGUACGCCAACGACUAUGACUGCAGGCGUGUCUUCCUGGGCCCAUACACGGGACGUGCCCCCGGCCUCAUGCCCAGGCUCCACGGACUGCUCCUUAACCCCAACUGCGAGCUCCAGGCCAACUUCAUCCCCAUGCACACACUGGGCAGCUGGUUUCGGAGUGAGCUGGGGAGCUGUGCCCGCUCUGAUCACACAGGGACGGAGGCUGCGGCAGCCCUGGGGGACAGCCAAGGCCCGCAGGAAGGGAGCUACAGCCCCCAGGAGGCCUUGGAGCUGGCACUGCAUGACUGGGUGGUGGAGAUAAACCGGCAGGCGUUGGAGCCAGGAGGAAGGAGCCCAGGACACCCCAGCAUCAGACUCAAGGGAGGAGUAAGGCUGCAGUCUGGCACAGCGGGAGGACUGGGAGCCACACCUGACCCCCAGCCCCAUGACACUGUUCCCAGUGGGGAACAGCCCUGCAGCAUGGCACCAGGGCAGAGAAGGAGGAAGGUGACCUCAGAGCCUGAGAAUGGCACUGGGAGCAGGACCUUCGCUAGCAGUUGGCAAAGCCCCACAGGGGAUGGGGACCAGCUCGCCACAGGGAGCAGAGCGAGCUGUGAGCCCUCCUCUGCUCUGCCCAGCACGGCCGGCAGUGUCCAGUGCACAGGAACCCCGGUGGCUACCAAGACCCUCCACAGCCCAGGCCCCACCAUGUGCUGCAGCAAUGGGGCUAACACCAGCCAGAACCUUCUCAUACCCACCAGUGAUGCCAGAACAGGGGGUGGCAGCCCCCCUGAGCCCCACAGCAGUAUCCAGCCUACGGCCAGCAGGGCUGACACGCCCCAGACAUGGCCAGGGCCUGGGGCUUGCACCAGCCCUGGCUCUCAAGCACUCCUCAUUGAUGGGGCUCGCGCCAGCCCUGGCCCCAUGGCCCCAUUGACCCCAGAGGAGGCUGGAUCCAUCCCCAUGGCACCGCUCACCCCCAAGGAGGCCAGGUCCAGCCCUACAGCACCACUGACCCCAGAGGGGGCUGGGUCUGGCCCCAUGGUACUGUUGACCCCAGAGGAGGCUGAAUCUGGCCCCAUGGUACCGCUGACCCCCAAGGAGGCCAGGUCCAGCCCCACAGCACCGCCAGCUGCAGAGGAAGCCAGGUCCAUCCCCAUGGCACUGCUGACCCCCAAGGAGGCCAGGUCCAGCCCCACAGCACCACUGACCCCAGAGGGGGCUGGGGCUGGCCCCAUGGUACUGCUGACCCCAGAGGAGGCUGGAUCUGGCCCCAUGGUACCGCUGACCCCCAAGGAGGCCAGGUCCAGCACCACAGCACCACUGACCCCAGAGGAGGCUGGGUCUGGGCCCAUGGUACCGCUGACCCCCAAGGAGGCCAGGUCCAGCACCACAGCACCACUGACCCCAGAGGAGGCUGGGUCUGGGCCCAUGGUACCACUGACCCCCAAGGAGGCCAGGUCCAGCCCCAUGGCACCGCUGACCCCCAAGGAGGCCAGGUCCAGCCCCACAGCACCACUGACCCCAGAGGAGGCUGGGUCUGGCCCCAUGGUACUGCUGACCCCAGGGGAGACCAGGUCCAUCCCUAUGACACCACUGACCCUCAAGGAGGUCAGAUCCAGCCCCGUGGCACCACUCACCCCAGAGGAGGCCAGGUCCAUCCCUACGACACCGCUGACCCCCAAGGAGACCAGGUCCAUCCCCAUGGCACCGUUGACCCCAGAGGAGGCCAGGUCCAGCCCCACAGCACCGCUGACUCUGGAGGAGGUGCGGAUGCUGGUGGAGCUCUUCUACCUGCCCUACCAUCAUGGGCUACUGGCGCAGCAACUCCUGGAGCACUUUCGGUGGCUCCGGGCAAACAGCUUCAGUGUGGGGGUCCCGUCCACGGCACCCGAUGCCUGCGGGGGCACGCAGUGGCGUAACCGAGCCCAGUCCUUCCAGCAGCUCUGCGCUCAGACAUGCCACCUGCACAGCCGCUUUGUCAGUAGCGCUGGACAGGCGCUGCUUUAUGACCUCCACCCCUACCUCUGGGACAUCCGCAACAUGCUGCUGGCUACCAGUGCCUUCGUUCUGUGGCUGGAUGGCCAUCUCCUCUGCGAGUCUGACCCCAAGGGCACCUGGGGAAGCUGCUUUGGCUGGUGCCAGAGCAUCGCUGCCCCGAUCCUGCUGGGGGGGGACGCUGAGCCCUGGGUGCGUCGUGGGGGCCUCUUUGGAGAGCUGCAGGCACUGCUACCGGUGGGAAACAGCUGUGACCUCUUCUACCACCCGCCUCCACUCUUCCCAGCCAGCCAGCCGUACCUCCUGCGCCCACUGCUACCCUUGGACAAGGGUGAGCUUUACCGAAUGUGCCGGGAGAGUCUGGACUGUGACCCCAAAGUUGCGGAGAUCCUCGCAGCCCACCCUGAUCUCCUCGGUGACAGGCUGCUGGGCAGCUUCCUGAGCCUGAGCCCCGAGUACACAUUUGUGCUGGAGGAUGAGGCUGGUCCAUGCGGCUAUGCAGCCGGCACGCUCUGCGCUGAAGGCUUCCUGCAACAGCGAGACAGCAGCUGGCUGCCAGCCAUACGGCACAAGUACCCCCGAGACCUGGGCAUGGGUGCCUCAGCUCUGGGACAGGAUACCCUGGAGGAAGCAUUGCUCUUCUUCAAUGCAGAGCCACCAGCUGUGCCCCUGCCUGUGCUGCAGCGCUUCCCCUCCCUGGUGCAGCUAGGCAUGGCCCCCCGCGUGCUGGACGUGGGGGUCAGCUGCAGCCUGGCUAUCUGCCUGCUGAGCGCACUCAGGGCCAACGGGUCACGGGGAGUGUUUUGCCAGGUCAGUGACACUGACCGGCAGCAGCUGAGCUUCUACAGCAGGCUGGGCUUCGUCGCCCUGCCAGUGGCCUGGGGCAGUUCUCCUGGCACUCGGCUCCUGGGACGUCUCCUCUGAGCACGCUGCAUUGGCUGCAAGCACAGGGAGACCAGUGUCACGGGACAGGCUGACCCCCCAUCCCACGCAGCAUCAGCCUGAGGGAGCCGGAGCAGAGGGGCACUUUGAGCAGGGCAGGUACAUGUGAUGGGGGAAAUGGCCUGGGGGUGAGCAGGAUGUCCCUGGGAUGUGUGCAGGGGACUGGGCUGCGAGGGUGCUUGGGCAACAGAGAAGCAUUUCUGCCAUCUCAGGAGAUUUGGGCAUCAGGACCACCACCCCCCUCCACCUCAGACUGUUCCUGCUUGCUGAGUACCCUCUGCCUUUGCUGGGGAGACAGCAACGUUCCCCGGCAUCUGCAGACCACCAGGCCUGGUGGGAGCCACAUGGGCAGUAUUUAGGGUGGUGGUCUCAGCCUAUUAGUGCUAGGGGAGUGUCCCUGUCCUGCAGGCUGGGCUGUCCAGCUCACUCCAUCCCCUUGUGGCCCUAGGCUGGGCAGCUGGUGCCAGGGCUGGCUCUUGGCACCAAGGAGCUGCUUGUCUCUACGGUCCAAUCUGGUGUGGGAUGCAGCGAGGCAGCCUCCAUCACUGCUGCCCACGGCAGGGGGAAGUGCUGUCCUUGGCAAUAAAGCAUUUGCUGGGCUCUCA